AGAUACAGUCGAUACUUGAAAAUGAAUCCUGUGAACUCACAGUACCCUGAAGACGGCCUUUUCGUUCCAUCUACACUUAUAUGCCCCUCCCGUAUAGCAGGAAGGAAGUAGCCAUCUAGCUUGAAAAAACAUUCUGUUUCGGCUGCUCUGAAGAAAUGGCUGCUGACAAGCAGGUGAAGAUUGGAGUUAUUGGAGGGUCUGGUCUCGAUGAUCCAGAUAUCUUGGAAGGAAGGACUGAGAAGUAUAUGGACACACCAUUUGGAAAGCCCUCUGAUGCGCUCAUAGUGGGGAAGAUUAAGAAUAUUGAAUGUGUUCUCCUUGCAAGGCAUGGCAGACAUCACACAAUCAUGCCAACCAGCGUCAACUACCAGGCCAACAUCUGGGCUCUGAAGGAGGAGGGCUGCACCCACCUAUUGGUCACCACAGCCUGCGGCUCCCUCAGGGAAGAGAUUCAGCCUGGGGACAUUGUCAUCAUUGACCAGUUCAUCGACAGAACCACAAAGAGGGUGCAGACGUUUUACGACGGGCGUCCCAACAGCCCCCCCGGGGUGUGUCACGUUCCCAUGGCCGAGCCCUUCUGCGGCAGGACCAGAGAGGUGCUGCUGGAGGUGGCGAGGAGCCUGGGGGUGAAGUGCCACACCCGCGGCACCAUGGUUACCAUCGAGGGCCCCCGCUUCUCCUCCAGGGCCGAGAGCCUGAUGUUCCGCCAGUGGGGCGCUGACGUCAUCAACAUGACCACCGUGCCGGAGGUGGUGCUGGCCAAGGAGGCCGGCCUCUGCUACGCCAGCAUCGCCAUGGCCACCGACUACGACUGCUGGAAGGAGCAUGAGGAGGCAGUCUGCGUGGACAACGUGCUGAAGACGAUGAAGGAGAACGCCAACAAGGCCAGCAGCAUCCUGCUCACCGCAAUACCGCAGAUCUGCCAGAUGGACUGGACCCACACAAUAAAGGCCCUGAAAUCCACAGCACAGUGUUCAGUAAUGCUGCCCAAGCACUGAAGAUGCGACUCCACUUUUGUCUUACCUGACAGUAAAACCACAGAAAGGACAUCCCAGUGAAUGUAGACUGCAGAAACAUCAGGUCCGACUGUACCGCGUGUUACCAGUGAGAAACAUGGCUGAUAUGCUUUUUUUUUUAUUGUAUUCAUAUCAUGCCCCACUCACUUUGUAUGUCUUUUUUGUAUUUUCUUUAAGAUGUUUGGUUCAGGACAUUUCAUCCCUUUGUAAUAUCUACUGGGAAAUGUUUUAUAUAUAGUCAGGUUCAGAAUUAUUGGCACGCUUGGUAGAAAAUGACCUAAAAAAAAGUCUGUAUAAAAUAAGUAACACGGCUAAUGGGCUAUAUUGUAUGCUCCAAAGAUGGGAAAACAAGAACAGUUGUUUAAAAAGAAUAAAGGUAUAUAAUAUAGUUUUGAUAAAGUUUGAGUGUAAAAUAUAAAGCUCAUUAUCUGUGUUGUUUAUUUUAUAGAGGCAUUGUUUCACUAUUUUCUUCAAGGGUGCCAAUAAUUGUACACAUGGACAUCAUACAGUAUAGGAUGCAGAUUGGUUUAUGUUACAAUUUUAUAUGAUGCAAAGAUCUGACAAAGAUUUCUGUUGCUUUUUUGACUGAAUGAUUAAAAUAAACAGCUUUACAUCAGAGAAACCCCAUCUUUACAUUAGAGAAAUGACAGCUUUACAUCAGACCACACAGCUCUGAUUCUUACGAAAAUAGCCUGCUCUUCAUAUCUGCUUGUAACCCAUGACAAUUUUAAUCACCAGCAUUUGUGCAAUUUCUUUAAUCCGUCACAGCUACUCACAGACAUAUGAUUAAUCUUGGUGAUGAUUAAGAAAGCUGAACACACCUUCCCUGAAAGCAUUUAAUAACACUUAAAGUCAUUAAAGUCUUAUGAAAUGCUUUAAGGGAAUCAUUAAAAAGUUCAUAGCGAAAAGAAAGCCUUCAGUGCUUAUUUGACAGUGCCCUCCAUGUACUAGGCGGUUAUUUCAAACGACAUUAUGGAUCAUGGUUAUGUCCGGCAACGUUACGGAUCAUGGAUUUAAUCAUUGACGAUGCUUUGAUGACUUCCAGAGGAAUUUUGAAAUAUUUAUGUUUGUCUUAAAGUUUGUUUGUAUGUAUGUAUGUAUGUAUGUGUGCUCCUUAAAUUGUCAGAAUGAUGACAGUGUUUGGCUGGAAAGCCUGGGAAAUGAAGUCACUUCUCAAAUUCUCCAUCCCUGCUGUCCUUGCUUGGCCUUCGCUACUCAUAGGUAAUCACAUGAUGGUCAGCAUUUCUAUGGCCCAUCUCCUAAAUACUUCCUUCCCCUGGAACACAUGUUGACCUUGUUAAAAGAUGAAAACCCAGUAACCAUGUAUAUCGCAAUGUUGCUAUUGGAGCACCAGGGUGGUGACGUUUGCUUACUGGAAAGGCGUACUGUACUAUUGCUUUGAGCAGUUAUACAUUAAAAACUUGUUUUAAUAAGACAGCACAUUUUGGAUGAGUACAUUACUUUCCCUUUCAUUUAAAUUGGAAAGCCACUAUAGUAAAACACUCAAAUCAUUAUGGAAUAAAAUUGCAGAUAUGCUAAGAAUUGGAAGCAAUUUCUAUGCGAGAUUUGGUUCUCUGAGACAUUAAACAUGUGUCUUUUUUGUUUUUUGUGUACCAAUAAACUCCUAUGAACAGAAA